AUGUUGGAAUACAUGAGAGAACGAAAGAAACAUGGAAAUAAUAUUCCUAAAAGUUUGUCAUCAAAAAUAAAUAAAAGCAAAAUUAUUCAGAAAAACAUAUGUUGUAAUUACAAAACGAUAAAGAUAAUUGACAUUUAUGAAAAUAUGCCUAUUAAUAAUUUCGAUAAUGAAAGAACAAAAAUUAAAGAAAUUGUUUUAGCAAACGAUGUCAUUGUUGUCUUGUUACUUUCUGGGAUAUCUAGAGCAUAUGAUGUUGUGAAUGGGAGAUUUUUAUGUGAAAUUAAUCCCAGUAGUUACUCAGUUGUGCACACAAUUGUACACAAUUCUUACAAUAAUACUUUGAUAGUUGCUUAUGCCUCUUUUCCUGCUCAUUUGCAGUGCAAAGUUAUCGAUUGCUGUGACUUAAAAAUAGGGAAAACACACUCCUCCAAACUUGGCACUCUUUUCGAAAAGGUCAUACUGAGUCAUCCGGCGUUCUUUGAAUUUUGUGAAACAAAUGGACGAAUAGGAGCUGCCAACUUAAACACGAACUCGUACACAUUUUGGGACAUGCGAACCUAUGAACAGGUGUUUGAGAUAGAGGAAGAAUUUCAGGAGAUCAGAGUUUCAGAUGGAUUAGUUGCCAUGUUUAAACAGCCCAUAAAUAAUAUUAUUCCAUUAGCCUUGUUUGAUAUAGAAAAUGGAGAGAGACUUGUUGAAACUACUAUAUCGAUUUUACCAAGGAAGGAAAUGCAAUUUCUUGAACUUCUCAUUUCGAAAUUAUUGAUAAAACAAGAAGGGUCAUCACUAAGAAUUUAUGACUUACUGAAGAAAACGCGACAGAAAGUUAAAAAUACAUACACAUUCCAACCUACGGCUUUUGUGUUUUACGAUCAUCCAUCCCCAAUAAAUGGAAAAGUAUACCACAACCAGAUAAGUAAAAAGUUCUUCACAAUAUCAAAUGACUUGAUUGAAUUUUGGGAAUUAGAUUCAUGUGUGUUGAGGAAGAUGUAUUCUAUACAUGUCCCAGGUUUGAGAGAUCCCGAUCUAUGCAAUCAUAGCUUGAUGGCUGAAAUUUUGUGCUUAUACAGUUCAAACGCAUUUGAACAAAUAAAAAAGUGUGAAAACUUAUUUAGAUAUGUAGAUUGCCUGAACACGAAAAAGGAAAUAGUGUACGAUGACGCCCUGAGUAAGGUGGAUAUGAAAGGUGAGGACAGAAAUGAAUUAUAUAAAAAGAAAAUAUUAAAUAAUAAUAUUCAAAAUGAAAAAUUAAAGAAUAAUAUAAGUAAAGAAAAUUUUAACUUUGGAGCCCUUUUAUUUUUUUCACUAAAUGAUGGGGAAUUUUUAAAUUACAUUUCGGAGAAUGUGUGUGGACAUUCAGUGGAGGUCUUAGCUUCAAACAGUUCCAUGACGACAAUCAUAUGUGGUGACGAUAAGGGAUUUAUAAGAAUUUUAAGGAACAACCCGAAAUUUGAUGAAUUCGAGAUAAAGAGUGCAAAAAAUAUUAGCAAUGAGUAUGAUGAAUGUCCAUACCAAAAUUUAUUCACAACAACAGAACAAUGCAGUGAAGAUCAAGAAAAAAAAUUAUAUAAAAUUAAAAGAAAAAGAAACAAUCAAUCAGAUAGGGAUUCAUUAAAGAAAGCGAGAAUUCAGAAGUUGUCAUAUAACUGGAAUCGUCAUGUGUGA